GCAAUUUCGUCUCGAUCGCAACAGAUGCUUCAAACCAUGGUGCAAUCAAAAUGUUUCCCGUUGUUGUUCGUUAUUUUGCAGCACUCGAAGGUCUCAAAACAAAGGUUUUGGAUUUAUCAGAUCAAAAAGGUGAAACUGCUGACAUAAUCGUGAAUUUGCUAAGCGUUACGGCAAACAAUUAUGACAUUGAGAACAAAAUUGUCGUGUUCUCUGGUGACAACGCACCAACCAAUUUUGGAUCCGUUCAUCGAACAGGCAGCAAAAAUGUAUUCAAGCAACUAAAACAACGUUUCAAUGCGAAUAUGAUUGGAGCUGGUUGCACCGCUCAUUCACUUCACAAUGCGAUAGGCAACGCUUCUGACAAGCUGGACAUUGACGUUGAAUACAUCGCAGUGAAAAUUUAUACACACUUCUACCGAUACACUGUUCGUUUGAAUACAUUGAAAGAUUUUUGUGAUGCAAUUGGUGAAACAUACGUAAAAUUGAAAGGCUACAGCAAAACGCGCUUCUUAGCGUUGAAAGAAUGUUUGAGUUCAAUCAUUGCCAAUUUCGACGCAUUGAAUGAAUAUUUUCAUUCUUUCGAUGCACCUGUGAAAAUUUUGGAAUUUUUCGAUGACCCAUUCGCUUUGGUAACGUUGAUUUUCGUUCGAGAUCAAGCAGAGAAUUUUCAAAAUGCCAUAUUGCGACUUGAAGGAGACUACAUUUGUGCUGUUGAUGCGUGA